UUAGAAGGUGGCCGGGGAUAUAUUAUUAAUCGACAUGCAGGAGAAACCAAAGCAGUACUGUGCCAUGAUAAAUAAUAUUAAUAAUGGAUCUGGGAUCACAGUACUGCCUAUCGGGUACCGGUUCCAUCCCACCGACGAAGAGCUUGUCUUUCACUACUUGAAGCGCAAGGUCUUCGCUAUCCCAUUACCAGUUUCAGUCAUUCCCGAGUUCGAUGUAUUCCAGACUGAUCCUUGGGGCUUGCCAGGUGACUUAAAGGAAAAGAGGUACUUCUUUAGCACUAGAUCAAAGAGGAUAAGUACCGCCCUUGACAAUAACUACUGCAAGAGAGCUGCUGGUACUACUUCCGGUUACUGGAAGCCUGUUGGCAAAUCUAAGCAAAUAUUAGCAUCUGAGAGCAACGUCCGAGCGAUUGGGAUAAGGAGAACUCUGAUUUUCUGCGAAAGGAAGCGUUCUUAUGGAGCUCAAACGAGAUGGGUCAUGCACGAAUAUCGUCUUGUGAACACUGAAACAAGCCCCUGCUCCACCCAGGUGUCUAUGAUGGUAAUGGAAGAUUGGGUUGUCUAUCUUGUAUUCCAAAGAAAGAAAAGACCUGAAAAACAAGGAGUUAUGAUUUCUCAGCCCUCUAACAGCAAGAAAAUUCGGAGACUGGAAGUUAGGCCAACUACAAUGAAUUACAUGGGGGAAGUCAGCUCUGAUUUAGGUCCUGAUCCUCAGCCUUCUUCUUCAUGUAAGAGUGAAAUCACUGAGGUCUCCUCUAUUAUUGGCUUAGAUCAAGAAGAAACAAGUACCCACAUUAGGUUUUCCCCAUGUUCAUGAGUAAGAGAGCUGUAAAUUAACCUUGUUAAAGACUUGUAUCGGCCGGUACUAAAAACUGUUGUUCAACAAAAGAGAUCAAUGG